AUGGAAGACAUCAAUUUAAGCUUAGAUGAGAUCAUUGAGAAGAAGAAAAAGAAUCGUACAUAUACACCCGCUAACGGUUCAGCACCAGCGGCCAAAGGCGGUAAACAGUAUGGUCGCGCUCACGCACAACCCGCAAAGACGACACCCAAAAGAUGGCCACCUAAUGCCCGCGAAAACACUGCGAAUGCGGGCUUUAACCGCAAACCGAAACCCGUCGUCGAUGCACGCCUAAAGAUCAUUCAGAAGCAGCGUGCUAAAAUACGCGACGCGCGCGAUAAGCUAGUGCAGAUCACACGCACCAGCGGCGACGCUCGUUUGCGUCUACAACGGCGGAUCAAAGAUUCUGGUCCGAGACGGCUAACGCGCGUACUGUCCGUACUGCCUAACAACAAAGGCGACGGUUACAUCACAAAGAGUACGCUGCUAUCGGAUCACAAAGGCCCCGUACAGGAUGCCGCAACAGUACUCAUGAAACAUUUUCCGUACAUCAGCGGCUCGUCCAUGUCCCGGCGCGACCUUAUGGAGGUGGACGACGACGAUCCUGUGAUGUCCGUUGAGCAGGAUGAUCGAAAGCGGCCACACCGCUCUAAACGGUCGCCGGUUUCGAUGCUCAGCUCCGUGCGCACUGUGCACAAUGACGUGUUCACUCUCCCCAGCACUAUGCCACCGUUGCCGCAGUUCCGCACAGUGCGUUCCGUCGGAACCAUCCCGACGCCUAAUCCGCGCAUGAUGAGCUUCACCGCACAAUCGACCUCGAACGAUCCAUUCGGCCACUACGAGAUGCCACGCAGACCUGCCGGACUGACCGCAGCGUCCUCGUCGAGCAUGCAACCGUACGAACCGUUCGGAUCUGGCACGCGUCCGUUGCGCAGCAUCCUGCGGACGCGUUCCGGUUCGCCAUCAUCUAUUUCUAGCACGGCAACGGGCCGGAUUUCGAAUAUGAUGCCCCAUCUGUCUCCGAGCAUGCGCGCUCGGCUAGAGCGGCCACCGAACCCGAAGGAAUCGAUGGGCAUCUUCGCGAAAUUGCCCCCGGAUGACUAUCACUAUAUUCCAGGUAAAAUCAGCUCGCCAGGUCCUGCACCUAAUCCGGCGUCGCCGCCCAUCGUGGGGUAUCGGAUUGUGGUCAGCAACCUACACAGCAGUGUUACCCAGCUCGACAUCAAGGAGCUGUUCGAGGACAUUGGGGAUUUAUUAGAGUCGCGAUUAGUACGUCCAGGUGUGGCCGAAGUCAUCUACCGGACACUACGAGACGCCGAGAAGGCAGUCGAUGCCUACCACAACCGUCAGCUAGAUGGCCAACCAAUGAACUGUCUGCUUGUUAAUCCGCGAGCCUCUAACAAACCGACAGCUCCCGCCAUGAAGUAUGGCCAGUAAACUGUUUCGUGACAUUUUGAAUUAAUUUUUCUCAUGGACUUCAUAAUACAAUCAUACUCUAGUUUUAAUUUGUCGCACCAAACAUCAUGUCGCACCAGUCAGCAUUCGCAAGAGCCUGAAUAGAACGUACUUAAGCCUUCGAGCUGCAGUAAGCGCUGGCACAUCUCAAUUAAUGCAGUUAAUGCACUUCGCGUACAGUAGGUGUUGUUUUAUCCACUGUGACUAAUGAUCAACUGUUCCCACGUCUGAAGUAUUUCCUUAGAUUUACUUUAAGGAAAUUCUUUCCUUUAAUUGAAGCAAGUGCUAAGGAAGCGAAGCAAAAACCGCGAGUAGGACAGAGAACAGAUGCAACAUAGAGAUUAUGGUCUCUUAGUAAUUACCAUCGAUUUAUCAUACACGCGCGACUGCAUGGAGGAAGUAGGACACUGGCGAAGUCCCUUAGAGCCAUUUAGCAGUUAAUUUAUAGACAACUCGCCGCAGGAUGGAGCAGGUGUUAGAGAGAUGCAGCAGGAAAUAAAUAAAGAGCAUAUAAUAGAACGUAAACGCACGUUAGAGGCACGGCCCAGAUGUAGCGUUCGGUCCGAUUCGGUGAGCAAUAAUUAGAGACGUUUGUUUGGUUUACCUCCCAUUUACGGUAAAAUAAAUGGCGAAG